ACAUGUGCCACAUGAAGACAAAUGAUGCUGUUUCAGUCACGGGUGUUUCUUUUUUCCUUGCGCAUGUGAACCAAUUCAGAGGUUCACGGGUUGUAUGUUUAGCUGCGGCUUUCUAUUGUUUUUUUAUAACCAUGUCACGGGUUCUAUGUAACUUUUCGUGCCUUUAUAAGGCAGUGUGUAAUGUUUCAUUUCUUGUACUCUAAACUUGAACCACUCCAUGUAUCAAACGUACGUUUAAGAAUUCUCAACAUUGUCUUUCGCUUGAUAAAGUCUUAAGUAUUCACAUAUCAAGGCUACAAGGUAAUAAGUCUUCUCAACAUUGUCUUUCGCUUAAUUAAACUCUCCAAUCUAAUAAUAUUUUAUGCCUAAACUUUGAAUGAAUUCCAAAAGUGAUGUUUACUCCUAUUUGCAUAAAAUUAUAUUUAUGGUUUUUAAGUUUAAAUGCUAAACUUUCUGGAUUAUAUUGCCAAAUUUAGAUUGAAAUUUCAAGUUCGAUCAUUAACAUAUAAGACCGUAUACAUACUUGAAAAUCAGUAGGUUCCCUUGUUUUAGUCAAAGACCGAGUUUCUCUAUAUCAUCAUGAGCUCACUCGCAUACCCGUUUUUGUAGUCUAAAAUGAAGGAACUGAAAUAAUUUAACUUUUUGCGAAAACUUUCCCACUUUUUCUUUGGGGAUCUAUUUAUGAGUCUCUGUAUUUUGAUCUUUCGAAUCCUUUAUAAAUGAAACAUAGUACAUUAUAAAUGCGGCUUUAGAUUAUGUUCAUCAAAUCAUGUUAUUAUUUCCUCAUAAUUAUAGACAUGAUCUUCAAUAUUUUGAUUAUAAUUUUUUUUUUAAACGAAAUAUAGCCAAAUAUGGGAGAUGAAGUGGAUCGCAGAUUAAAUGCGGCUUUAGAUGAAGCUGUCGAUGAAUAUUUGGAAGAUACAUACAACGACAUCGUAAAGAAGCAAAAAAAGAAAGAGAGAAAACGUGCAUAUGUCGAAAGAAACCGCGAAGAGGGCCAUACCCGUCUAUGGAAUGACUACUUCAGUGAAAAUCCAACAUUUCCGCCUCAUUUAUUCAGACGCCGUUUCCGCAUGAACAAGGACGUUUUCAUGCGUAUUGUCGAUCGUCUCUCAGAAAAUUAUCCUUUCUUCCAACAAAGAAGAGAUGCUGUCGGAAGAUUAGGUCUAUCUCCACUACAAAAGUGUACGGCAGCUCUUCGUAUGCUUGCUUAUGGCUGUGCGGCUGACGCCGUUGACGAAUACCUCAGACUUGGUGAAAGCACGGCACUUUCAUGUUUAACGAAUUUCACAGAAGGGGUAAUUGAUUUAUUUGGAGAAGAGUAUAUGCGAAGACCCACUCCAGAGGAUCUUCAACGACUGCUCGAUAUUGGAGAGAUUCGCGGCUUCCCGGGAAUGAUAGGAAGCAUCGAUUGUAUGCAUUGGGAGUGGAAAAAUUGCCCAACCGCUUGGAAAGGACAGUACACCCGUGGAUCAGGAAAGCCAACAAUUGUCUUGGAAGCUGUAGCUUCCCAAGAUCUUUGGAUUUGGCACGCUUUUUUUGGUCCUCCAGGUACCUUAAACGAUAUUAACGUCCUCGAUCGAUCUCCUGUUUUUGAUGACAUUUUACAAGGUCGAGCUCCAAGGGUACAAUACCUGGUAAACGGACACCAAUAUGGUUUGCCUUACUACCUCACAGACGGCAUAUAUCCAAGAUGGUCAACAUUUAUCCAAUCUAUCUCAAACCCUCAAAGUCCUGAAGCACAGUUAUUUGCUAAAGUUCAGGAGUCCACCCGAAAAGAUGUGGAGCGUGCUUUCGGAGUAUUGCAAGCUCGAUUUGCAAUAGUUAAAAACCCGGCUAUUUUGUGGGACAAGACCCAAAUAGGAAUGGUUAUGCGAACAUGUAUCAUACUGCACAAUAUGAUAGUGGAAAAUGAACGCAAUGGAUACAGCGGGUGUGAUAUAUCAGAGUUUGAAGAAGGAGAAUCGAGUAGAAGUUCAGAGGUGGAUAUGUCAUAUACUCGCAGGCCUUCAAAUCUCCGAACUAUGCUUGAAAUACGUACUUAAGUUCGUGACCCACAUACGCAUGAACAAUUGAAAUUUGAUUUGAUCCAAAAUAUUUGGAACAAGUUUGGUAAUGAUGAAAAUGUUUAAUUGUUGUAUGUUUCUAUUUUCUCUUUCAAUAAAUAAAAAUUUUAAAUUUUUUUUUAAAAAAAUUUAUUAAUAAUUUUCUAAGGAUUCCUUAACGGUAACACCAUUGAAGCAAUAUUUGUGAUUAGAGUCCUUGACUAUUCAUAAAAAAAAAAAUAAUAAUAAUAAUAAACUAAUGUUAAGGACUCCAAUGGUGGGUAACACCAUUGGAGGUGCUCUUAUAGUCAUAUGUUUUUUAUUCACAUGAUUGAUUGAUUGAUGUCCACCUAAGAGGUUUGUUUACGUGCCGUUAAGUGACAAACAAAGUCAUUUUUAAUGUAUUCCGUUUUAGAGUUUAACUUUGACCAAUGACUAAUGUUACAAUGCA